GUUUCGUUCCCUCGCAUUGAUGUUGCUCUUUUAAAUAAUUCCGCAAGCAACGAAGAAAUCAAGCAAAAAACACAACAAUGUAACACAAAAACCGCGCCAUAAAAAUCAAUAACAAAAAGGAAGUGAACCAGUGAAAAAAGUGUAUAAAUAGAAAGUAAAUAGCAGUUGCAGAUCUUAAACUUGGAAUUUUGUUUCGAUUUUAGUCCGUUCGUUUUCCGCGCUCCGUCUGUGUAUGUGUAUAUGCGUGUGUGUGUGUGUGCUCCGCUUCGUUCUUGUGUUUCGUGGUUUUACCGUUACAAUUCCAAAAAGCAAGAAAACAGGAGAAAACAAAAUGCAAAAUAAAAGCAAAUGAAAAAACAAAACCUAAUUAUUGUUCAUUAACCAAAAGGGAAAGAUAAAUGGUUUUUUCGCUCUACCUUUUGAGCUCGCAGAAAUUUUUGAACGGAUCUUCAGAGUUCGAAGUCAUUAUAACAAACACACAAAAAACAUUACAACAUAAACAAAACACAACAUCAAUAUAAUAUAAUCGUAGCCUAUUUAAUUAAUUAACUAAAACGACAAAGUCAAACACAACACCAUCGAUACAUCAUACAUUUGGAAACCCUCGAAAAGCCGACGGCUUUUUGCUUUUGUGCGGACUUUUUUGCACAGCAAAUUCUUUUAUCUCUGCAAAGCAACUCCAACAAAACAACAAAAACAACGAUUAUGGCAAAGGAUCCGGCCACAUCACGUAUACCCCGCCUGGAUGGGCCAUCCCGAAUACCACAGCCGGGCAACUUUGGCUUCAACCCGAACACCACCUCACACAUACGACCGCCGACGAGCAGUGGCAACACGCUGAAGGCCACGCAGAUCUUUCGCGCCCCAGCACUGACACCAGCAGCGACAGCGGCCAAGACGCGUCCGGCCAGCGUUUAUGCGGCAUCAGGCGGCGCCACGGGGCCGCUAAGGGAUCUGGGGAGCAGCAUCAAGAAGAGCGCCAGCGGCGAGCGGAUCAAUAAUGCUGUGAGCCUGCUCAGCAAGCGGACCACCACAGUGCUCAAGAAAUACUUUGGCAACAAUAAUGGAAUGAUUAGCAGCAGCUCGCCAGGGGAAUCGCCAGCUCCUGCCAGUGUCAAGCCAUCGCCGAUGACGAGCUCGUUGCCGGUGACGCCGAUGCCGGGUGGGAAGCGGGCGAUGGUCAGCAGCCAGCAGUUGACCAGCAGCACACCCAUGCCCCUGCUGCGGUCCGAGACCUUCGUCUGUGACGAGGAGGAGGAGAGGAAGAUGUCGCCACACCUGAACCGAACGCGGCUGGAGAGCACACGGAUCUCCAGCAUGGGAUUUGGUCAAACCAUGGACAUGGACUCACCGGAUUUUAAUGCCACGCAGGUCCUGGCAAGGGAUGCCACGCGCAUCCUAAAGGAUACGCCCAAAACUAUGCUGGACCAGGCCCAUCAGGUGAUGAAGGGCUUGGCCAAGAUGAGCUCCCUGGGCUCGCCCAUAGCCCACGAAUCCCCGUCCCUGAGGAUGCCAGCGAAAGAUGCCACGCUGACGAUUGUGCCGCAGAGUCUGUCUCCGGGAUUUGGCAAGACGAUGCAUGUGAUGUCCCAAGAUUCUGUGGCCGCCAGCUCCACCCACAUAGUCAACAACUCACCGCAGCUGGGAAGGACCAUGCCGGUGAUCCAGGCCAAGGAUUCAACCAGAACCAUCGCCUGCCACUCAACCGGAAUGGGAAAUCUAACCAAAACAAUCGACGCACCCGGAGAUGUUACAAAGUUUAUUGCCAAUGGGGGAAAUCUAACGAAGAGCAUGGAUCAGCUGCCGCUGCUGGAGCACAUGUCCAUGCCAUCGGGCUUGGAUGCGGUGGCCAGUGGCAAGGGCAGCGGCGCCACAGAGAGAGCGCAGACCGAGCUGGACGACACGCUGGACGUGACGUUGACGCCGCUGGCGCCGGACAGGGCCAACAUGAAGCUGCCGCUGAACUCCACCCUAAACACGGAGCGGCUGCUCGAUCUCAGUGGCCUCCAGUCGCCGGCACGACACAUCCAGUUGUUGAAUCUGACGCGGGAGUUCAUGGAGGCCACGCCGCACAGGAAUGCCGCCCAGAUGGGUCGCCGCUCCAUUGGCCAGCACACGCUGCUGUGCCUCUCGCCGCAGUCGGCGACGACAACGCCGCACGGAAUGCGGCUGGGCCAGCAGACGCCACAGCCGGUGCACUUGCUCUCGCCGCUGCUGAAGCAGGCACAAAGCGAAAUGGUGCUGCCGACGCGCACCCCCGAGGCAGAAGGCCAUGCGACGAUGGAGAACACUUUGACAUCGUCGCGGAGUCGCACACGCUACAGCUUUGGCAUGGAUCUGCCCGACUCUACGCUGGACUGCUCCAUUGAGUUGGUGGACAACUCGUUCUCCUCCUCCCAGCAGCAGUUGCAGCAGCUGCAGCAGCAGCUCCUCAAGAAGCAGAGCUCCUUCGACAUGGACGAGAGCCUGGGCAUCCUCACGCCCGACCAAAUGAAGGAGUUCCUCGACUCGCCGCACAACAAUCUCAUCCACAACAUGGAGCUGCAGCUGGCGGCGGGCGGACACCGCAUGCUCCAUCCGAAUAUGCAGCAGCUGCGAAUGGAGCAGACGCCCUCCCCCGAGGAGCUGCCGCUGGAUCCCAUCGAGAUCAAAACGGAGAUUGUGAAGCAGGUGGAGGCCGCUCCCCAGCCGCCGCAGGUGUGCACCUCUGCGGGGCAGUCGAAGCUCAGCAACAGCUUCAUUACGAGCGUCACCAGUGUCACCAGCCUGGACACGGGCUACCAGGGCGACGGGGAAAUGUCACGUCCAGCCUCGCGUGGCGCCUCGGAUCACUCACCCAGCAACGGUCCACAUUUGGGACGGGUGAGCCGCCAGCCCAGUUUUCCGCCACCCAUUCCAGCGGCAGCUCCGGCAGCGCCCAUGCGGCGGCAGGACCCAAUGACGGACUCUGAUUUCUUUACCGAAUCCGAUGCGGAUGAUGUGCUGCAGCGGGGUGAUCGACGGGCCCAAGUGAUCGAUGGACAGCUGUACGGCCCCACCAUGCAGCCGAGUGCCUCCGUGCCGCAGAUGGAGGAUUCGUGCAUGGAAUCUUCGGGAAUAUUCACAGAUGUGGAGAAUCGUUGCGACGAGGAGAUGCGGCAGCCGGAGCUGGAGGUGGAUCCGGAUGUGGAUAUGUCGCCGGAUGACUCCACGCAAACAAUGCGCAAGACGGGAGCGGGAGGUCAAGGUCAGUCGCAGCAGCAGCAACAGCAGCAGCGACCUCCCAGCAGCUGUCUCUCUUCCUCUUCGGCGGCCACAACGCUUUCGAAUCGAACUUCGUACUGCAGCGUCGAUGGGGGGAGCACGAAGAGCUUUGCCGACGAAGCUUUCGUGCCGACGGCGGCCGUCGCAGCGAGCGCCGGUGGCGAAUGCUGCCGAUCAUCGUUGGGGCUUUCAGUUCAGCCCACAGCGUCGCCGCGUCCACACGCCUCACUGUCGUCGCUCUGCACCGUCGAGACCUAUCGCGGCUCCACCUCCUCCAGUUCGUCGAUCGCCUCGCCCAAGUCGUGCAAAGCUCUGACCACAACGACCGCAAGAUCCACCAACGUAUCGGGCACCCCUCGCAGCUCCAAAUCGCCGCGCAGUGGCAAAGCCUCGCCCGCGUCUCGCAAAUCGCAUGCGCCCAAUAAAUGGGAUGCCGUUAUGAAUAAGAUCGCCAGCAAUAAGCCGUUGAUCAAGACCAACUACAAUGAUGUGAAAUCGAAAGUUUCCAGCACACGCGCCGCCAUGGCCGCUGGCCAGAACUCUGUCCAGGGCUCUGGCUCGGGUUCCACUCCCGUCCAGGGCUCCUCGAACUCUGUGUCGAAGGCCACCACGCCCAGUCCGCGGGGCAGUCCCAGUGUCAGUGCCAGGCGUUCGCCCUCGGCCACCCCCAAAGUCGUGCCGCGACAUCCACUCGUUGUAAAGCGAAGCAGCAGCAGCAGCGCCACCUCCGGCUCGAAGGCGGCCACACCAUCACCGCCACCGUCAACGCGGCAGCCACAGGAUAAAGGCUCAGUUGUCAGCGGCGCUGGUGUCGGCAUACGGUCUAGCUCCAAGUCCCCAACGUCACCAACAUCACCGCCGACCAAACGAUUGCAGUCGACGCUUAUCAAUCGUGGACACUCGUAUAGCAAGGAUAGCCACAAGUCCUCGCACAGUGAUCUGCGAUUGUUGUGCAGCGGUGAUGUCACUGCCACUGCCACACAGGCAGCAGCGUCUGCGUCUGGAAAUGGCUCACCAAAGCUAUUGGCAAAAACUCCACUGCGAGCUGCCAAAAAGCGUGAUGUGCGCAAUCUGAGCAUCUCGCCAACCGAUCUGGGCCCGCCGCCAAAGACCCAACAGACCGCCAAGGGACAAUCCACACGCAGCAAAUCAUCUGCAACGACCACGCCUACAUCGAUACAAAAACGCUUAAAUGGAACAUCAACAGCAGCAACCCCGGCUUCAGCGAGUAUUAGUAACAACACCAAGGGCGCUGCCACAAAGUCUGCAAGUCCAGCUGCAACUCAAAUCAAACAGCAAUCGCCGCAAGCUAAACUUAAAAUUGCAUGUGUUAAGAGCUCCCCAAUUGUUAAAAUUUCCGAAGAAUCGCUGCGCUCUGGCGUGGAUCAAACGGAGUUGCAGGAGCUCAAAGGACAGUCCUCAAAUGGUUGCCCGACACCGCCAACGCCGAGGGACUCGAAACGGGCUUCACUUAGCCAAGAGUCGCUCUGCGUUUGCGGUGCCGCCGACAUUGGCUGCAAAUGCCAGACGGAGCCCAAGCUCAAGAAAUGCGAGUGCAAACCCGUCAAUACCCCGAAACAGACAGGAUCAGACAAACAGAUGCUCAAACAGGAUGCGAAAGAUCCGCAGAACAUAGCCCGUAGUAUAACUAGUACAAAUAAGUCGAGCGAUGUCACUGGAAAGUCGUGCAGUUCGUUGACGGUGCUUGCCCAUCCCCGGGUGGACAUAACCAUCCAGUAUCCCGCCCUGAAGCCCUACACCAAAAACAAUGUGCUGGACUAUGAUCGUUUGGCAGAGUUUUUCGAGGCUAACCUCAACGAGAGGCAGCAGGAGCAGCGUCAGAUGAUGGGACUCGCUGUAAUGGUUCAGUACAUGUCUCAAAAGCUGGAUGCUUGCUCCUGCGCGGAGACCAAAGAGCAGUGUGCACGGGACAGGAGUGCACUGGAGGAGACGAUUGGGUUGCUGCAGCAGACGCAGCGGGACUGCGAGGAGCUGCGCCAAGAGCUGCACUCCAAGGAUGUGGAGUGGGCGCAGCGGCAGCAGGAACGAGAGCACUUGCAUCGCACUGAACUGAAGCAAGCUGAAGAGAAAGUAACGGAGGUGCAAAUGCUUGCAAAGCAAAGGUUCUGCGAAUUGGAGGCUCAGCUGCGGGCCAAGGACGAGGAGCACAAGUUGGUGCAGGCGGCCUACCAGCUGGAGGUCUCACACAAGCUGGCCCUCAAACAGGAUCAGUUGACCACCGCCGAGGUACAGAUAAUGGAUCUGCAGUCGCGCCUGCAAAAGGCCGCGGUCCUGGAGCAGGAGCUCCGCGACAGACUCAUCCGCAAGAAGAACAUCCACACCACCAGCAUUCACGAGGGCGCCCAGCGCGAACAGGAGCUCAACGAGCGCAUCCAGAGCCUCACCAAGGAGCUGAACACGCUGCGGGCCAACACAGAGUACAGCGAGCGUGAUCUGCGCGAUCGUCUGACGCUCUCUCAGGACGAGAUAUCCGUGCUGCGAACCUCGUCCCAGCAGCGUAGUCCCUGCACCAGCAACAGCACCAGCCUGUCCGACACCAGUGCUGAGCUGUGCCGCCUCACCAGCGAGGCCGACAGCCUGCGCUGCGUCCUGGAGCUGAAGCAGGCGGAGAUUUCCACGCUGUCCAAGGAGAACGCGGACCUGAAGCGCGAGGGCGAGGAGCGCCUUAAGCUGGCCAAUCAGUUGGAUCUGCUUAAGUCCAAGAACGAGAUGCUGCAGCUAGAACUAGAGACCAAAGCCGAGAAAGAAAAGGAAACUCAACAAAAGUUGGAUGAACUUCAGAAGGCCUACAACCAUGAGAGCAUGAAGCGCACUCGUCUCACCUUCGACAAGGAGGAGAUGGCCUACCUGCUCAGGACGCGCACCGAGAAGCUGCACAAUGCCGAGGCGCGGCUGCAGGAGCGUUCCCUCAGCUCGCAGGACGGUUCGCACUGCUUCAGCCGCAGCACCAACGAGUCAUCGUCGUCGCCCACAUCGCCGAUGAUCAAGGGAAUGAUUGAGAGGAACGACUCGAUCAGCUGGACCCUGGAGAUUGAUGGCGAGACGCCCAAGGUGAGCUCCGCUAAGAUGGUGCGUCGCAAUGGAUCCCUACGCGGCAGCAACGAGCGCAGUCCCAUCCAGCGCCGGCAGCAGUCGAUCAGCAAUGGACACGCCAAUGGCCACUCAUCGUCGUCCCUCAGGAAUGGCACCGCAUCGUCGGCUCACAGAAAUGGCAGCUCAUCAUCGAAUGGACCCAAUCCGCUCUCGCAGAGCAUGUCGGCCACAGCGCUGAUGCGUGGCAGUCACUCUCUCAGUGGCGAGUCGGAGUCCCGCACCCGAUCCCAUUCCAUGUGCAUCAAGGCCUCGGCUUCGACGUCCGCUGUGUGCGAGAAGCGUCACACGUCCGACGCCACGCUGGGCGGAGAUCUGAUUUUGCCCGACUGGAACGAGGAUCCCGUCUGCUCCAGCUCGCCACAUCCCACGCUGCAGUCGGAGAUGCGUCCGCGCAGCUCCACCAUGAAGCUCAUGUCGUCCGAGGCGAAUGCCCUGAAGAAGUUUCAGGAGAUUCAGGAGUCGGCCGGCGAGGCCAUGGUCUCCGGUGCCAACUCCGAGGACGAGAGCUGCUCGGCCUCAUCGGAGGACAUGAUGCGCAGCUCCACCUCCAGCACGGCCUCGGUGGGCUCCCUGUCCAAGCGACCGAAGCAGCCGUCCUCCCGCAUGUCCAUUGAGGAGGCGCUGCCCUGCACACCCAUGGAGGUCAGCUGGUCGGAGGAUGCCGCCGAUGCAGAGGCCGAGGCAUGACAGGACAUGCCGGGAGUGUGCUACGAGGAGCGGGCAAUCAUUGAACAGAUUGCCGUUGCCGAGGCAGCCGAAGAGGCUUACGAAAUGGCCGCCUAUGCCGUGAGUGAUGUCCAGCAGGAGGAGCUCAUUGUGGGCGACGACGACGACGAUGAGGAUGAUGACGAUGAUGCGGACGAUGAUGAUGAUAGCUUCUAAAGCGCUUAAACACCUUGUGAAAGAACAUGAAAUGGAAGUCAGAGGGGAAGCAUAGCUUGGCAAUUCUUUCAGCAGUACCCUUCAAAAUGAUUAUUGAUAUAAUUUAAACAAACAAAUAUAAUAGUGAAUAUUUCAGAAUUGAGAAUGUUUGUGUGUAAAUAAUUGCAUUUAGCAUUAUAGUAGAAUAUAGUAGACGCUCCCCCCAACUUUAACUACGUAUAACAGGAUAAUGCAUGGAUAUAUAACAGAUUAAAGAAUUACAGCUAUUAGAGCACUGCAAGCGGAGCCGUCACAGUGUCCGUCUGUCAUACGAGUAUGGGAAUGGAUAUGGAAUAUUGGAUUAUAUGGAUUAUAGUAUAUGGAACAGAGCAUAUAAAUGUUAUGGUAUACCACUAACUUUUUUAAUGGAACACACACAUUAAACAUACAGAAAGCUAAACCAAGUUUAGGGCAUAGCAGCUACAAACAUAAACACACACAUAAAUACGAGUAUAUAAAUCUUAAAAAUGUUUCAAACUAAUCAGGAGUACGAGGAGCAGAGCAUUACUCCUGCAGUAAUGUAAUGGGUAGCAUUUAGCUGAAGCAGUAUGAAUAUUUGCAUAAAACUUAUUACUAUACCACGUACCGUGGCGAUAUUGAAAUUGUACUCUAACCGCGACUCGCCGAUAUCGUACAUACACAUACAUAUAUGUUAAUCCCAAUCCAAAUACUAGCCUCUAGCGAUUCUCAAUGAUGGUAAUCCUCCUACCCAAGCUCAAACCCACAACAAAUCCAUUCACUCGAUGUCCUUAAACGCCCGCUAAUCGUGUGUAAUAAUAAUAAUAAUAAUUAUGAUAAUUAAUGUACCAAUUAGUAUGUCAGAUCUUUAAGCUUUAUUCUUGUGUUUUGUAUGGAAAUUCUAGAUGUACGCGUAUUUAUUAUUUAGUUUUUAAUGCCUUAUGGAAUGAGAAAGGAAAAUGCAAAUUGAAACUGUUUAAAAUCCUAGUUUAUACGAGAGUACUCUCUCUCAGCUAUACAUAUACAUAUAUAAUAUAAUAAUAAUCCUCGUGUACGUAUGAAUUUGUAUUAACUUUAGUUGAAUAUGUUUUAAUUUUGUUGUUAUCCUUGAGUAUCCGAAGAAUGCGAGUUUUAUAUGUAUAGAUUCGGGAUACGCAACACUUUGUAACACGCAGGCAUUGUCAUUAACUUUUAAGUAUGUUAUUUUUAUUAUGUGUGAGAGAACUACAGCUGAGAGGGACACUCAGCCCCCAGCCAGCGCCAAUCAAAGUAAACCGCGGCAGAAAAGUUGCAACAAAUAAAACCCCAUAAAUAUUUUUUGCUAAAUAA